CUUCAAUUCUGUGAUAUGAUUUGCCCAGCGGGUGCUCAACAUCAGCCAAAAAUAACUUGGCAUGACACGGCACCCAAGGCUAAAAGAGACCUCGUUCAAUGAUCGUCACUGGCGUGCAUUUGAUUUUCCUAGUUGGCUCCACGGCGGACAGUCUAAGCUCUCCCAUUCCAGCAAAGACGGGCAAAUCACCCAUGGUCGACCUUGUUUCGUUGACGCAAUUCACCCACUGGCUUGAUACCGUCGCACCCCUAAUAUGGAGUAACCUUGGAGGGAUCAGGUACAAUAUCCUCCCCCAAGGGUCUCUGCUUCACAGUUAUGACCUUCAUAGUACUGUACAUACUGUGUACAUACUACCCUACCUUACAACUUAAAUCGAAUCGACCCUUCCCGCCCCUUGACGUCUCCACCCAACAAAUUUAAAAUUCCCCAGGCAGUUUAAACUAGUCGAUAGUCGCUCCAUAGCCGCUUCGAGUCCCUGUUCCUCAGUAUUCCGUGCGC